AUGGCUAUGUACUAUUAUGCUAGUAAAAUAUCAGCAAUCGCUUGUGGAACACGUUGCAGACAGACGGUGCUGCAGAAAUCGCGAGGACAACGCGAUCGCGACAAAUACAACGAACAGAGCACGUUCGAUGAAUGCUACACAACUGAUACUGGUGACGCUGAUGUCACUGAUAUCGAUAUAUCCACUAAUAAGACAUUAGAAACAGUGUCUAGCGGUGUUAGACUUAGGCGUAGAUUUAGCGAACAAUUGGAUGCAUAUGAUAUUGAAUUGGGUUUUCAAACACCUGAGGUUUCAACUAUUAGAUCAACUAGAAGCAACUUUAUCGGAUAUGGAAUUGGCAGCUCAAAUAUGGAUAGCGAUAUUGUGCAAUACGAUGUACCUAAAAACACACAUAAACGCAUACAACCUGAUGUCAAUUACGAGAGUUCUGUCCUUGGUUCCGGUGGCAUUAUGUAUAUAAAUGGUAGAAUAGUUUCUGGGCCUUUGGAUUCAUUAGUUGAAGUUCUAGUGCCAAAAAAACUCAUUGACUUUGAUAAAGAAUUUAUUUUUUCAUUUUUAUUAUCAUCACGUUUGUUUUUACGACCCCAUGAGUUGCUUGGCAAAUUAUUAUCCUUGGUACCUGAUAGUGAUGAAUCUUUGGAGUCAUUAGUCGCAUUAUUGGCUGAGUGGACAAAUAAAUUUCCCUACGAUUAUCGUGAUGAGCGUAUGAUGAAUCAUGUUAAACAUAUCGUUGCUAGAUGUUCCAAUACACAAUUAGAAGCUGUAGUUUCCGAAAUACUGAGUGCCUUGUUAAAACGUCUGACUGAUUUGGAGAAGCACGAGGAAGAGUUGCGCGCUUGUCAAACUAAUACCGAGAAAAGCGAAGCAAAUUAUCUAGACUGUGCCACUUCUUCACAAUACGCACAAAUUUUGUGCCGUCUUGAGAAAAAAUUGGCUAAACAUAUUGGACCCGAAGAAUUCCUGCAAUGUAGUAGUAAUGUGCUAUUAGAUAAACAGAAGAAAUGGGACCAACCCACAACCUCCGGUGGACCACCCGGUGUACAAGACCCAAAGAAAACUUGUAAUUUGGAAACGUAUCUGGACUGGUCAGCACGUUUGCGUUUAUUUGUAUGCAAUGAGAUUCUACAGUGCAGUGGCAUACGUGAUCGCAGUAAGACGGUUGAGUUGUGGAGUGGAGUUGCACAGUACUGUCUUCUUGUUGGCAACUACAAUAGUGCUACAGCGAUAUUAGAGACAUUGGAAUCGCCACCAAUAGCUCGACUUAAAAUAACGUGGAGUAAGUUGCAAGUAACGUGCCAACAAUUAGAUUGUAUGCAACGUCACGCCGAAGGGCAUGGAGAUUUAUGGCAUAAACAGGCAAUCGUCUUAAAUGAAAACCAUCAAAAGACUGAUACGACUGUGGUAAUAUUAUCCUCAUCAUCAUCAACAACUCCAGCAACAAAAGUAACCACAUCAGCAACAAUAACCUCAACAGCGACACCAUUACAACCAACAACAAUAAUCACAACUGCUACAAUAGUUAGGGGAGCAGACGUAGAGGCUAAUACACCAGUUACAGUUACAACUGCAGCAAUAUCAGCAGCAAAAACUGACAUUAAUGAAACAAAUGAACCAAUAAUAACAACAACAGCAACAACAGCAACAGCAACAACAACAACAACAACAACAUCAACAGCAACGACAUCAACUACAGCAGCAACAAUGGCAGCAACAACUCUUAACAAAAGUACAGAAAGCACAGCUUGUAUUAUUGGCAGCAACAUUAACAGUGCUAGCAAUAAGGUCAAAAAAAUAUCAACAGCAACAGCAGGAGUAGCAGGAGUAGCAGGAGCAGCAGGAGCAACAACAACAGUGCCAUCAACAUCAACAUCAACGACAACACCAACACCAACAAAACCUAAUGAUUGGGUUGUUAUACCGGUGUUUGCGGAUAUUGUUAAAUUGGCAUUGGCCGGACGAGAAGAUUGCUUGCAACGAUUGCCAAACGGUCACAUCAAUAUUGUUGCCUUCGAACGUAUGGCCGCCAUUGUUGGCGCCUUCACAAAACACAUGAAUGGCGUCAAGUCAGCAACGGAAGCUCCACCUGGCGAAUAUGAGAUGUUCUGCCGGCACAUGCAGAAAACAUCGAAGCUAAAUGAGUCCGAACUUAUGAUGGCCUCAUUCGAUUGUGAAGAACCAAAUAAUGCAGAAAAGCUGAUGUAUGAUUUGAAUUGAAUGAAAUGUAUAUUAAUAUCUCUUUGAGGAAGAGAA